UGUGAAAACAUAUGCUCAACAACAAACAAACCCAGUUCCACUGUAGGCGGCUCGGUGUUACCGACUAGUUUUCCGAAUUUACAAGUCCACGAUGGCGCGAUUACUCACGAGGGCGAGUGGUGCAGUUAUGGGUUACAUAAACCGGGCAGCGCAUCGACCGGCUAUCGUCGGUACACUGCGGAUGGACGGCGAUCGCCGCUUACACAGCACGCAGCACUCGGACAGUGAUGCGCCGGUCGUGCUGGAAACGAAUCCCUUCGCCAAGGAGCAAAUACAGUGCAUCCUCUGCAAGCAUAACAUCAGCCCGGACUACAAGAACGUGCAGCUACUGUCGCAGUUCCAGAGCCCGUACACGGGGCGCGUCUACGGACGCCACAUUACCGGGCUCUGCAAGAGCCGCCACGAGCAGGUCGAACGGGAGAUCAUCAAGGCGCAGAACGCGGGCCUCAUGCCCACCUACCACAAGGCCGUCGAAUUCCUGAACGAUCCGAAACUGUUCGAUCCGGAGAAGGCGGUACGGCCCCACAAGUACUAGUGCCUAGCCUAUGGAGGAACUCUCGCCACACCUUGGGCCACACGCGAGGAAUACCACAGAUGUCAGCGAACGUGUUGAGUGCAGUCGUUCAAGGAUGGUUCAGCUAACCACACGUUCGGAAGGACCGUUAUAGAAUCCAAAUAGACAAAUAUGUUUUACCAGGAACCCUUCAAGAACCCUUCGUUCUGCGUAGUCCAGGUGCCAGAGUACUAUUAGCUUCGACUGUUGAGCAUGCAGAAAUGGUAACCGUUUAAAAUCAAGUGAGGAUCUUGUAGGCUUCAAGGGAUUUAUAUCCAUUAGAAAUGUACUUGCGGUGUUGUUAAUGGUGCAUUAAACUCAGUCAUCACUAUGGCAGGCAUAGCGAUUGUACGUUUCCACUGA